GUGGCUGGCAACGUGAGUGUGAGCACAGUCAGCCUGACACCUGAACCUGGUGAUCACGGUGUUCCGCUUGUGUGUAAGGCAUACAGUCCCAACCUGCCUGGUUCUGUACUCCACGACCAGAUCACCCUCGCUGUCCACUUCGUUCCUGUGGCCACUAUCAGUAUCAGUGGAGGCGCUGGUGGAGACGCUGGGGUUCGUGAGGGAGGCGCCGUCACGUUCACCUGUCACCUGAAGGCCAAUCCUAAGGUGUACAACGUCACCUGGUUUCAUAAUGGACGCCCUCUACGACGGCAGGACUGGGGCAAACAGAUGACCAACACCACCCUCAGACUUCGUAACGUGACGGCGGCGAUGCGAGGUCUAUACACCUGUGUGGGCAGCAACCUGGAGGGUGACGGCCAGAGCAACGCUGUCAACCUUAACGUUGAGUUCUCCCCGGUCUGUGAGGAGAAUCAACGCGAUGAAUAUGUGGGACCUCGAGGUGGGUCUGUAACCAUCGCCUGCAGUGUGGUCGCCUACCCAACCUCACUCACCUUCACUUGGGCAUUGAAGAGAACACCAGAGACUCCUCCAGUACGACUUCACAGUGUGGGUCGGGAAGAGGGUCUCACUGGACACUACACACUGAGUCGUCUAGAGGAGGAGAGUGUGGAAGUGUGGUGCUGGGCGCAGAAUGCUGUGGGAGCGCAGGCUUCCCCAUGCAAGUUUACAGUCUACACCCAAGGUGAGCCGGGUCCAUUCAGUAGUUGUCGCGUCGGCAACCACACGGCCUCUGGAUUCAUGGUCAUUGUGUGUCCGGAACCACUUAGAAGUAUGACACAGAGUUUCACACUCUCGUCAACGCUCAGGUUGGGUGAUAGCAGUAGAGGAGGAGGAGGAGAGAGUAGCAGUGGCAGCAGCAGCAGCGAAAGUAGCAGCAGCAGCGACAGCAGCAGUAGCAAAGGAAGCCAGCAGAAGAAAGAAGGAGGAGGGGGAGCGGUUCACACACUUGGGCAGCUAGUUCGAAAUCUCACCACCACCUCGCCUUUCUUCGUUGUUGGAGGUCUGCAGUCGGGGCAAGAAUUCGCCCUAGUCGUUCAGGUCUCCAAUGAAGAAGGUGUUAGCCCGCCUGUUGUACUCAGUGCCUUCACCCUUAAAGACAAUGCGCAGACGGUCAUAGGAAUGCCGACGGUGAACGGCGGUCGUAGUAGCGGUGGCGGCGGCAUCGUCAGCGGCGGCGGCAGUGCCUCUCCCAGCGGAGGCGGUGGUAUGGGCGGCUCUGGUAUGGGUGUGGGAAGUGUGGAAAGCGAUGAGGAUGAGGACGUGGGCGGCCACAGCAGGUUCCUUGAAUUGGUACCGCCCAUGAUCAUUGUGCUGGUGGCAUCACUCUCCUGUAUCCUGGUGAUGGCUCUGCUGGUGAUCCUGCUGCUGAAGCGGCGUGGCAGAUUGAGACGGAUGGAGCAGGAACUACAGCAGGUGAAGUUGAACAAGGAGAUGGUGUUUGUACACAACAGAAACCCCGACACCGUCUCACGGGACACCCCAGGAUCCUUGAGAAAAGGAGUAGAGUCUAGUGGCACUCCCGGCGGCAGCAGCGGUGGCAGUAUAGGCGGUGGUGGCAGCGGCAACGAAGCGGGUGGCGGCACUGCCGCUGGCGGCAUCGGCGGCAGCGGCGGUGGUGGCGGCGGCGUCGGUGGCACUAUGUUGGGGGGUGGAGUGGGUGGGGGCGGGAGUCGUGUGGCGGGGGUUGGAGGAGGAGGUGUGGUGGGAAUGGUGAGCUCUGUAGAUGACGGGUCCUUUGGCUCCUGUAAUGGUGAUCUUCUCACCACCUCCUCCAGAGACUCUCUACUGGGUCCUCGUAGCAAACCAGGUGAGAUGCUGGAAACCUUCCGAGGAGGCAGUACCACGCUACCUAUCCUUGGAAUACAGCAGUUAGGAGACGACAUUGGACGACAUGUAGUGCUUGAAGGUCUACGACCUUUGGGCACCGCCCUCAGUACUUCCUGUUCAAGCUUCCGUUCUGGGAUCCCCAUGGGCAGCAUGGGAGGUGCGACUAAUAUGGGACACAUAAGCAUGGGUGGCAUGUCCGGAAUGAUGGCCACCUCAGGUUUGAUAAACACCCCUUCGACCUCUUCCUCUCAUCUCCUUCAAGUAUCUCUCGUCCCUGAGAACGUGGGUCAGACCCGGGGCCAAACACCAGCACCACGGGGAAACGAAGGUGUGAGUGUGUUGUGAGGGUCAGUCUUCACCACGGAGACAAGUGGUAUUUGAACCCCCAGUCUAGACCACAGUGUGUACAGGCUUGUAAGGUGCGAACUGAAGAACUCGGUCCAGACGAUGGUCCAGUCGAUGGUCUGAUAACCAUGGCUGGUGAAUAAAAAGUGUGGACCACACGAACCUCAAUUUUGACAGCAGUAGCUAAAAUCACUGAAAAAAACUAACCAUCACAAAGUUGUCUAGGCCACAGAAAUGAAUCAUGAGAAAUUAAUUUUCAACUCUUUGAAAUCUGUCGCUUCUGAACGUUUCCCGAGACCAAGGGAAUUAAAUCCUAAGGAAUAAGUGAGCGAUAACAAAGAAAAGUAACAAAUGAAGACAGUCAUGAACCCAUGAAACCAGUGUCCCCCUUCCCCCAAAAAAAUAUGAUAGAUAACAGGGACCAGUUAAUGAUGCAGACUUUCCUGAAUAAAUUAGAUAAAUAGCUGCCAAAAACUAUGUGAUCACCAAGUAACUGCUGAAGAGCGUGUGCAGAGAAGGCAGUUGUUAGGGAAGAAAUUAAUGGACAAUACUGACCAAAAUCUGUUGACUAGAUAGUAGUGGCCAAUGUUAUUGCAGUCUCACUGCCUCACAAAAAAUCAGGAACUUUUUCGAACCUCUAAUAUACACACGGGGAGUUAACUAUUGUCCUGAAUCAAGAACCGAUGAAAGAACUGUGAAAUAAUCUGCCCAAACAUGUUGUCGCGGAGCCGCUGAAUUUUCUAUUGUUUUAGCAUACUCAUUCUGGACUUCUUUGGUGCCCAAAUUACUAUACGGCAGAAUCCUAUGUUUACACGUAGAUAAACUCCUCAAUAUGAAUUUAAGUUGAUCAUAAGAUGUCUGUAAAAAAAAAAAACGAGCAUUAUAGUGUUAUAGUGACUUGGGACGUUUGUGUGAUAUUCAGUCGAGGAGCAGAGACUUGAGCAUUGGUUUGACUUGCCUGUGGUUUAUUUUAAACCCUAAAAAGAAAGUAUUACGCUGAUGCUUAAUGAUAGUUUCUUUAUAAAAUAAAUUACUCACUUGUGUGCAGUUUCAUGAGUAUGAACAAAUUGUACGUUUAUUUCGUCUAUAAUUAGAUAAGAAUGCAUUACUCAGGAAUUUGAAGCGCCAAUAAACAGGAUGAAUCAGGACCUGACACUUGGUGGGUUUUAACCUUCACUGACUUGUUACAGAACUUCGAAAACCUUGAAUUGACUCGACAGAUGUUGUUGUCCUUGCACUGCAGCAUAAACCAAGAGUGUUCUACUUAUUAUCACCCAGCCAUACUUGUAUCAUUAACCUAUAAAACAUAUACACGGAUACAGAGGUAGGAAUAACCGGGCUACUCUCUGUAGCAAGGCAAUACUGUAAAAAACUGAAAUGUCUAUUAUACAUUACAUGAAAUACUAAUGACAGUAAAAUGACAAUUUUUAUAUUGAUUGGUGAUGUGAUAUUUUGAUACUAGUAUCAAGUAAAUAAAAACACUGUCGAGCACUUUGUAAAACGUUAUCUUAAAAGCGUUCUACGACUUUUAGGGAAAAACGUGAGGCUCGCUGUCUAAUAUUGCCUGAAAAACACCGAACGAACUUACACAAUUCAUUGCAAUAGAAUGACUAAAGAAUCAAUGAUAUCAUUAGAAUUAGUUUCUUCUUUCUUGUUUUUCGAUGACACUAGAUAACAAUGAUACAAUAAAGAUACAACAGGAAGAAGGUACUUAUUAUCAGUGUUGGCAAUGGGAAUUGCUGCUUUUGAGGUAUAUAAACACGUUGAUGUAUCAUAUCUCUCUAAGGCACAAUCUGCUUUCUGUAUGACAGUGACAAGAAAACGUUUACUGAUAUAUUUCCAGAGUGUGGAAUGAAAAAAGUUGUUAAGUAUAUCACAAUCCCUUUACAUACGAAAGUUUUCCAUUUUUUUAAUCCGCAAAUGAGAAAAGGCGGUGAGGGCCGACAAAGAGCUUACGAGGUACUGUAUGUAAGCGAUAACGGAGAGAAAAGGCUCUAACCUUUGGCCCCAAUGCCCACCCGAACACCAUCUACCACGCUCCAGUAAGGUACUCUACGGGACCUGAGGAGAACGUUGGCUCAAGACACAGGAUUUCCCACUGCAUGUAGUCACCAAAGGUUUAUUCAUCCUUUUCAAAAGCACACCCCCACCCACUGUUCAUGUGUAAUAAACCUGUGAAUUGUUGGAAAUAUUAUUUUUUAAUUUAGUCCCUGUUAUUGAGCAACUCUGAAUUACUAAAGUUUCCAUGAGUGAGAGGUCCUUUAAAUUGUACCAAAAUAUGCACACACACACGCACACAGACACACACACACACACACACACACACACACACACACACACACACACACACACACACACACACACACACACACACAUAUACACAAGCAAUUUCCCUUGUUA